AUGAUCAACGCAACCGUCUCGUCUCUGAACUACGUGGCCGAUGCUAUUCUCGAUGUGACAAUAAGCGGUACAAACUGGAGUGAAUUCAAUGUAACAUCAGAUCAAAAUGACACAUAUCCUUGCGAUCAAUUUUUACCCUCGGGUAGUGUCCUAGCAGCGUCGUGGUUUCAAACAAUACUCUACAUUCUUUAUGGACUAAUAUUUGUCGUUGCAUUACUCGGCAAUGCACUGGUGUGCUACGUUGUGUGGAGCAGUCCACGAAUGAAAACAGUUACAAACUACUUUAUUGUUAAUCUUGCCUUUGGGGAUAUACUCAUGGCUGUAUUCUGCGUACCAACCAGCUUUGUCAGCACCCUUAUACUGCAGUACUGGCCGUUUGGCCCGGAAAUGUGUCCCGGUGUCAAUUACUCGCAGGCAGUUUCGGUUCUCGUGAGUGCCUACACCCUCGUGACAAUUAGCAUUGAUCGUUAUGUCGCGAUCAUGUGGCCGUUGAAGCCACGUAUGAGCAGGAGACAGGCGAAAUUAUUGAUCAUGGCUGUUUGGCUAUUGGCCUUAACUGUUUCGUCACCAAUUGCCGUUGUAUCGCAGCUGUUACAGCCCAAUGACAAAUAUAAGAUGUGCGAUCAGUUUAUAUGUCAGGAGUACUGGCCGUCGGCGCAUCAAAGAUAUUACUACUCAAUAGCACUAUUGGUCCUCCAAUACCUGGUGCCGUUGGUCGUCCUAAUGUUCACCUACAGUAGUAUCGCAAUCAGAGUGUGGGGGAAACGACCACCGGGCGAGGCUGAGAACACGAGGGACCAGCGAAUGGCCAGAUCCAAGCGAAAGAUGAUAAAAAUGAUGAUGACAGUUGUCAUCGCCUUCACCGUUUGCUGGUUACCCUUCAAUGUCCUCACGUUGAUCCUGGACAACAACGAGAGCAUACACAGUUGGAAAGGGCUACCAUUCGCAUGGACGGCCCUUCACUGGCUCUCCAUGUCCCACUCAUGCUACAAUCCCGUCAUAUAUUGCUGGAUGAAUGGCAGAUUUCGCACAGGGUUUAUAACGGCACUGGGGCGUGUACCCGGCCUCAGGAGAUUGUUACCAGAUCGUCGACUAGCCGCUAACAACACAAGCACGGCCGGAAUGGCCCACACAGGUAUUGACGGUGCCAAUGGCAACUUUGGCCUUCGUAGAAUGAACACAUGCACAACGUACGUGAGUGUUCGAAGAACAACAGACGUGUGCCACGGAAUGCCAGUGAGGAGCGCCAGUUUCCGUCACUGUGAACCCCUGAGAACCUCUCACAAUCAGCAUCGGAACUUCAUGAGACUCCAGUGCCAACCGGAGGAGCAGUUGUAAAUGGAUUUUUCAGGGUUGCUCAAGCCAUUGAGUCUUUAUACAUCACAUGAGUCAAUUUUCGGAGGAUAUUUCCUCGUAAAUUCAACAUUUCGUUGUCCAUUCGGUUGGAAAAGCAUUUUCACUGCUCCCAAGCCCAGUAGAUUGACUAGAAAUUAGUUUUUCAAACCAUCGUAGCGUUUUAUAUAUCUUCAUUUUCAUUGUAACUGUAAAUUGGAUAGAGUACAAAUCGGAGAAAAAAUGAGGGGAAACAGUAGUUUAUUUCACAAUUGAACAAUUUUAUUCUCUGAAUCCAUCAACAACGACGAAUAUAUUUUAUCCAUUGAACAUACAUUAAAAAUUUUUUUAUUUACAAAAUGUAAAAUACCACAUGGAUUCUUUAAGCACAAAAAAAGUCUGAUAAUUUAUUUGAGAAACAAGGAACAAUUUGAAUGAGUAACAUAUUUAAUGUUGAUCCCACAGUUUUACAAUUAAGACUGGGCAAUCUCAAUGAUUGCGACUUUAAUAUUUAUAAAUGUUUAAUAAAGUGUUACACGUUGAUCGAGGUUGAAGAGUUGGAAGAGCGGAUGGAACAUGCAGAAAUUACCUGUAUAUAAUACUGCAACGAGCCCAAAGAGAAGAACAAAAAUUAUAAGUCAACAAACAUUCGUAAUCUCGUGUGUUAAUGUCUGAGGAAAUGGUAUUUAUUGGAAUUAAGUGUAAAAUUCAUUGUGAGAGCUGUUAAUGUACAUAAAAAACCACCGAAAAUAUCCACUCUGGAAGUGGAGUAAUAAAGUAA